GGCUCUAUAAGUAGCGGAGCAGCGGCGCGUCGGGCUUUGUCAGUCCCCUCAGCCUCCGCCGCCGCCUCCCCUCUCCCAGCGCUCCGGCGCCACCUCAGGGCCGGCGGUCCUCCGCGGGAGGGAGCGAGGCGGCGGGCCGGCGGCCGGGCGGGCGCUGACGGGGUCGGUCGGCGGUCCUGUGCGCUCGGCGGCUGCGGCGCCAUCUCCAUGGGUUCGGCUUGAGGCGCCCCUGCGCCCGGAGGCCAGUGCCAGUGCCACAGCGAGAGGACGCCCAGGUUCCGCGGGACUUGGCAUUACUGGAGAGCUGCCUUUGCGAAGAGCUGGCGAUAAUUCCUUUAAAGCCCACCUUGGUUUUCCUUUUUGUGGAGUCUCAGACAAACAUCCAGAAACCAUGAACAGCUUUAGUGGUGAAGAGUUUGGCUGUCAUUUCCUUGAUGAAGGCUUUACUGCCAAGGACAUUCUGGACCAAAAAAUUAAUGAAGUUUCUUCUUCUGAUGACAAGGAUGCCUUCUAUGUUGCGGACCUGGGAGACAUUCUAAAGAAACACCUGAAGUGGUUAAAAACUCUUCCUCGGGUCACCCCUUUUUAUGCCGUCAAAUGCAAUGACAGCAGAACCAUAGUGAAGACCCUUGCUGCCAUCGGGACAGGGUUUGACUGUGCCAGCAAGACUGAAAUACAACUGGUGCAGAGCCUUGGGGUGCCUCCAGAGAGGAUUAUCUAUGCAAAUCCUUGUAAACAAGUGUCUCAAAUUAAGUAUGCUGCCAAUAAUGGAGUCCAGAUGAUGACUUUCGAUAGUGAAGUCGAGUUAAUGAAAGUUGCCAGGGCACAUCCAAAGGCCAAGUUGGUUUUGCGGAUCGCCACUGAUGAUUCCAAAGCGGUCUGUCGUCUCAGUGUUAAAUUUGGUGCCACCCUCAAAACCAGCAGGCUUCUUCUGGAACGGGCGAAAGAGCUAAAUGUCGACGUCAUUGGUGUCAGCUUCCAUGUGGGAAGCGGCUGCACGGACCCCGAGACCUUCGUGCAGGCCAUCUCUGACGCCCGCUGCGUCUUCGACAUGGGAGUGGAGGUUGGUUUCAACAUGUAUCUGCUGGACAUAGGUGGCGGCUUUCCUGGGUCUGAGGACGGAAAGCUUAAAUUUGAAGAGAUCGCCAGUGUCAUAAACCCGGCUCUGGACAAGUAUUUCCCAUCCGAUUCGGGAGUGACACUCAUAGCAGAGCCAGGAAGAUACUAUGUUGCAUCAGCUUUCACCCUGGCAGUUAACAUCAUUGCCAAAAAGUUGGUAUUAAAGGAACAAACGUGCUCUGAUGAUGAAGAUGAGUCGAGUGAGAAAACCUUUAUGUAUUACGUGAAUGAUGGAGUAUAUGGAUCAUUUAAUUGCAUCCUCUAUGAUCAUGCGCACGUGAAGCCCGUUCUGCAGAAGAGGCCCAAACCAGAUGAGAAGCAUUACUCAUCCAGCAUAUGGGGACCGACAUGCGACGGCCUCGACCGCAUCGUGGAGCGCUGCGCCCUUCCUGAGAUGCAGGUGGGGGACUGGAUGCUCUUUGAAAACAUGGGCGCUUACACCGUUGCUGCUGCUUCCACUUUCAAUGGAUUCCAGAGGCCAACCAUCUACUAUGUGAUGUCAGGGCCGACAUGGCAACUGAUGCAGCAAGUCCAGAACCACAACUUCCCGCCCGCCAUGGAGGAGCAGGACGUCAGCGCCCUGCCAGUGUCCUGUGCCUGGGAGAGUGGGAUGGAGCGCCACCCAGCAGCCUGCACCUCGGCUCGUGUUAAUGUGUAGAUGCCGUUCUUGUAGCUGUCACUGCGAGGGUAGCUUGAAUUACGGGAUUGGAGGGGACCACCUAACUUAAUUAUUGCUAGUUCUGAAAUGUCUUUGUAAGUAGGGUUGGCACAGGCAGAACAUUAUGGAAAGCUAGGAGAUGGGGUCACACUUAUCUGUGUUCCUAUGGAAACUAUUUGAAUACUUGUUUUAUAUGGAUUUUUACUCAGUUUUCAAACGCUACUACAGAGUGCCCCUCAGCCGCCAAGCAAGCGUUUGUAGCUUGUACAUUGGCAAAACGGCCCAGCCAGCUCAGUGUUGUGGCCUGUUUUAAAAAUAAAGGACCUUGAAAAUUAGGCGUUGGGAUAUUUUUAGUGUGACCAGUCCACACAGCUCGCCUUGCAUGUACUUUUCAAGUGGGAAUUAAUGUUGUAUUUCCCCAAAGGCUGAGAAAAUUGUCCCAGAGGACUGAGGAGUUGAUGGUUUUUAUUUUGAAACUCUCUGCGGACAUGCCCUUUUCCUGUUGGGCAUUUUUAUUUGCAGUGCGUGGCUCCUGGGUAAAGCUGGCUGUGGAUGGUCACGAGGAAUAGACCUGGCCCUGUGUUCACGGAAGGGAAAGGAUGGAUGAGAAAGGGCCCUCUCCUCUGCUGCUCACGGUGGCCAGUGUCUGCUGUAGUGGCUUGGCCCCAUCCAGGUGUCCGCAGAGGUGGCUGGGACUUGGCCCGGAGCCCCUGUUGACUCGCUGGCCUGCUCCCGUCACAGCCAGUGCCCAGGGAAGGUGCGCCAGGCCCUCAGGGACCUGCCUGUGGAGGCCUGGGACGCUGCCUCCCCCGCCCGGACCACACUCCCAGGACAAGCCGCAUAAUUCCAGCAGAGCUGGGAAUGUAGUACAGCAUUUGGCAGUCAUUUUAAUAAAUUUGG